GAAAGUUUAUGAAGAUAAUACAAUUAAAGAAGUCAAUGAAAUAUUUUAUAGGAAAUGAAUACAAUUUAUCAAUAUUUUACUGAGCCUAGUUCAUCAUCUUCAUCAAGUUCAUCGAAAAAAUCUUCAUCAAGUAGUGUUAGUACUACUAAUAAAAAACAAACAAAUUCAUCAGUUACAACAAAUGAAGAAGGAACAAUAGAUAGUCCAUCAUCACAGAAAGAUCAAAAAUAUCCGCGAUGCAUUACGAAAUUUGAAAAUUUCUUCGAUUCCAAAGUAGAUUAACAAUUCUGUUCAUUUUUUUUGAUUGUUUAUUUUUUUUGAAUAUAGAUUAAAUGAUGAUCAAGGAAAAUUAUAUGAAGAAUUAUUAUCUGAACAACAAGAUUUAAAUAAUCAUAUUCCAUUACAUAUUAUUCGUCUUCAACAAUUUGAAAAUCAAUUAAAACAACAAAAAACUUAUUUAACAAAUAAAAAAAUAUUAAAUGAAAUUAUUAAAUUUAUUCAAAAUAAAUUUUUAUUUUUAUUUAAUGAAGAUUUAAUUUUAUAA